UUGUGAUAUUCUUCCAGAAUGCAAUGAAUACAAGUCUCAUUGAGAUCAGUGAAAAUGUAAAGUUGGGCAGAGAGUAUGCCUUGCUGGGAAAUUAUGAUUCUGCACUAGUUUACUACCAAGGCGUGAUUGAACAGAUUCAAAAAUACUUAUCCUGUGUCAGAGAUCCUUUGAACAAACAGAAAUGGCAACAAGUAUGGCAAGAGAUAAGUGAAGAAUGUAAGCACGUCAAGGAGAUUAUUACAACGCUGGAUGGCUUUAAACAUGAAAGUUCGCCUUUGCAGGCUGUACGCCAGGAAAGACCAGCUCAGGAUUUAGAAGUCUGGUCACUGCCAGUGCCUGUAGAACGCAAACCAUCGCCUCAUCCAAGAAAACGGCAGUCUACUCCCUGCAAUGACCUCAAACCUCAAAAGGACCGUUCAGGAGGUCCAGUUAAAGGUUCUGGCCGUCCAUCAAACCGAAUAGGAAACAAUGACCGAGUCAGACCAGUCAAAGGCAAGGAGAGGAAAGAAAUUCAAAACAAAGGAAAGGAGGAAAAGUCUAAACCUCCUGAGACCUCUGAAAGUGAACCAAGAAAAUUUGAUAGCACAGGAUAUGAUCGAGAUCUUGUAGAAGCUCUGGAGCGAGAUAUAAUAUCACAAAAUCCCAAUGUUCGAUGGGAUGAUAUAGCUGACUUGGAGGAAGCCAAAAAAUUACUGGAGGAAGCAGUGGUUCUACCUAUGUGGAUGCCAGACUUCUUCAUAGGAAUCAGAAGGCCUUGGAAAGGUGUGCUGAUGGUUGGUCCCCCUGGGACAGGGAAAACUAUGCUGGCUAAAGCAGUAGCUACGGAGUGUCGAACAACAUUCUUCAAUGUCUCUUCAUCAACACUCACUUCCAAAUAUAGAGGAGAGUCCGAGAAACUUGUCCGCUUAUUGUUUGAAAUGGCCAGGUUUUAUGCCCCAACAACUAUUUUCAUUGAUGAAAUUGACUCCAUUUGCAGUCGGCGAGGAACUGCUGAGGAACAUGAGGCCAGCAGACGAGUGAAAGCAGAGCUACUUGUUCAGAUGGAUGGUGUUGGUGGUGCUUCAGAAAAUGAUGAUCCUUCUAAAAUGGUCAUGGUUCUGGCAGCGACUAACUUUCCCUGGGAUAUUGAUGAAGCUCUAAGAAGACGUCUAGAAAAGCGAGUUUAUAUUCCUUUGCCCUCAGCAAAGGGCAGAGAGGAACUGCUGCGGAUUAACCUCAAAGAACUGGAGGUAGCAGAUGAUAUAGAUAUCAAGAAAAUAGCGGAACAAAUGGAAGGUUACUCUGGAGCAGACAUUACCAAUGUUUGCAGGGAUGCCUCCAUGAUGGCUAUGCGACGGCGCAUCCAAGGUCUGACUCCAGAGGAAAUAAGAAACAUAUCGAGGGAUGAGCUGCAGAUGCCAACAACUAUGGAAGAUUUUGAAAUGUCUUUGAAAAAAGUCUCAAAGUCUGUGGCUGCUGCAGACCUUGAGAAGUAUGAGAAAUGGAUAACAGAAUUUGGUUCCUAUUGACCCAUCGGGAGCAUCCAUCUCACAGUCAAAUAAAACGGAUUCUAUCAUAUCAGCAACUGCAGAUUCACUUGGGUGGACUAGAAAAUGGACUGUUUAACAAAGUGGCAAAAGACUACUGUCGCCAUCAGUGCCUUACUUAAAAAGUUAAAGGGCUAUAAAGAGCUGCAGUUCAUGUCCUGCAUUUGCUUCUGUUGAUUUUCUGGAAAUGUUUUAUUCAAAUUGCAGAGCUCAGCACUAAGUUGGAGAUUCUCACCCAGACUCUUUUUAGACCACUCUGAUGAAUUUUAACAACCUUUUCUGUUCUCGCUUUGUCGGUCUGCUUUUGAAUAAUUUUCUUUUCAACCAUUGCAUGUUAUUUGGGGCGCUAGCUUGUAAGAUGGUCCUGUAGUUAACAGCAUAGGUAACGUUCGCAGUCGAUGCUGAACCAUAAAUUGACUCCAUCGAGGUCUCUUUCAAAUUGUUACUCCCAUGAGCUCAGCAACUCGCAUUGUUUUAAUAAAAAUAUCCAAAAUUGAAAAAUA